AUGACACAGUCGAUCGUCGUGUUAUCUGGUCUGCUUUGGCUGGUUCUAGUCUUUCCUCGUGCUGUUCUGGGUCUGUUGAUCAACAUGUUUGAUGAUGUGUCUGUCUCUGUCUUGAUUGCUAAUCACAACUCGACUGCCUUCUCUCCUGUCACUGGUGUUCUGCAAGGCUCAGUGCUCAGUCCUCACUUGUACUCGUUGUAUAUCAACUCUUUACCAAGUCUUUUGCGUUCUGGUGCUACUGGUGCUACUAUGCUGCCUGUGCCUGGUGCUGAUGCUCCUAUUGCUAUCAAUAGUCUCCUGUUCGCUGAUGAUGUGGCUGUCUUUGGUUCAAAGUCUGAGGUUCAGCGUAUGUUGGAUCUUGCUGCUGGUCAUUCUGUCUCUCUUGGAUAUAGGUGGAAGCCUUCCAAAUGUGCUGUGCUUGGUACUGCUGCUGCUCUUGCUGGUUCUCCUCUGGUACUUUACAAUGAAGCUCUGCCUGUCGUUGACGAAUUUACAUACCUUGGUAUGCCAUUCCGAUACAAAGGCCUACAUGCUCCUGGUAUUCUGUCUCUGCGUUCUGCUGGUGCUGUCAAGACCAUGGCUCUGUUAAACUCUGUUGGUGUCAACCGCAAUGGUUUCUCUUUGCUUGCUCUCCUCUCGCCUGUACAGGACAUUUAUUUCGUCCUAAGCUUGAAUAUGGUCUGGCCAUCUCCCAUCUCUCUGCUCGUGAUUUUACUGCUAUGGAUACUUUUGCAAAACCGACUUGUUGGCAUGUUUGUGGGUAGUACUUGGGUUAAUGUCGCCAAAGCACAUUACCUGUCUUCCCAGUAUCAAACAUCGCUACAAUGUCCUGGCUACCGUUUUGCUCUGCGUGCUGAUACUCUGCCUGACGAUUGUCUGCUGGUUCUGCUUCGUGCCCAUUUGCACUAUACAAGGUUGGAUCGUUUUAUAUGUGAAAACCCUCUGUAUCAGUCGCUGCCUGACCCUGUUCCUUCUUCUGCUGGCUUGCGCACUACCUUUGCUGCCUAUUGGCAAGAUCAGGUGUUCACAUCUCUCGUGAUCACUUUUUGUACUGUUCGUGCUCUUGAUCCUGACUUGAUCGAUGCCUUGCCGCCUGCUCCACCUGGUGUGCACCGUAUUGACCAUGCUCUUAAUUGCUUGCCCACUAAUGCCUCUGCCGGUCCUCCUGAUUUCUGGCCUGCUCUACUGAACCUCCUGUAUGCUAUCGAUUGCCUUGUGCAUCCUCUGGCUGUCAUUGCUCCGGAUCCAGAUCCAGCGUCUCUUUGCUACAUCCCCUACGCAUCUGCUGCCCGUAAAGGUGCUCAACAUCGUGACCCUGCCCGUACUACCAAGCGACGUCUUGCUGCAGGUCGCAUGUUCCAAACCACCACCACCAAAGGUCAACAAGGAUACCAGUAUGUGUAUCUAGGCCGCUCUGGUAAAAUCCUGCGCUCUGAGGUUCGUUACCAACUUCGCCGAGCUGGUAUUGAUACUGGCCGUGUGUUAGACAUCUGUUUCCCUGCCACUGGCGUCAUUGGCAUCUUGCUCCACAUCCAAUAUGUAGAGGAGUUUCUCGCCUGUAUGCGCAAAUGUGAAGCUGAUCACAUUGAAAACUUUCAACCCUUGGAUCCCAACAACAUUGCUGAUCCCAAAUAUGCUGAUCUUGCCAUUGAAGAGCGUGAGCAAUUGAUCUAUGAAUUCACCAACACCCGUGCUCUGCAAACCCUCUCUUUCCUUCGUCCACUCAACGUUAGUGGCGUUGGCAAAUACUUUGUCUCUGCUGGCUGGAUCUCUCAAGAAGAGCUAGAUAUAGCCGUCUCUGAAGCUAUCGGUCGUCUUGCCGAGAAGGAGCCCAAAAAGGCUAAAUUCUUGUUCAAGCGUCAAAAGGAAGAUCAUGACAGCAAUGGCUCUGCUAUGGAACUCUAA